UUACAAUUCCAGAACCAAUUCACAGUUACCUUUGUCGGUUAGGGUUUCUUCAUCCUUCUCGUUUCAACAACAAUGAGCUCCGCGGUGGCGAAAAAGGGCGGCAGGGGAAGAGCCGCCGGAACCAAAUCCGUUUCCCGGUCGCUGAAGGCUGGCCUUCAGUUCCCCGUCGGGCGGGUUGCCCGCAUUCUCAAGGUCGGCCGAUAUGCCCAGCGCGUUGGUUCUGGUGCUCCAGUCUACCUGUCCGCCGUUCUUGAGUACCUUGCGGCUGAGGUUUUGGAAUUGGCUGGAAAUGCGGCGAGGGACAAUAAGAAGAGUAGGAUUAUUCCUAGGCACAUUCAGCUUGCGAUAAGGAACGACGAGGAGUUGAGCAAGCUUCUUGGAACCGUGACGAUCGCUAAUGGCGGAGUACUGCCAAAUAUUCACCAGAACUUGCUGCCGAAGAAGCAAGCCAAGGGGAAGGGGGAAAACAACUCUCUGUCCCAGGAAUUUUAGAUCGUUCGCUGCUUUCUCUUUGCUCCCAACUAAUUAGACAAUAGAAACUACUUUAUUGCGGAUGUUAUGUUAUAUUGAUAUAAAUAUGUGUAAUUUGUCUGUUGUAGCAAUACAAAGUCUUGUUUAUGGGAUCUGGAUACGUUCUAUGA